CACGCCUCCAUCUAAAAAAAAAAAAAUAGACACGUUGCACCUCGUGUAAACAUUUUCGUACACCUCUCUGGGGUCGUUUGGUAAGCACGUAAUGUAGUAUUCAUGUAUAUUGUAGGUUGAAUUGUGAGAACUUGUGUAAUAUUAGAAUGCAUUGUUUGGCUUGCAUGAGUUUAUGGUAGAACCCACAUAAUUUGGCAUAAAAUCUCAAAUACUUUGAGUAAACCCAAAGCAUUUUGAGAUAUGGUAGAAGAUAAUAAUUUGAAAAAUAUUAUACUCUAUAUUAUGUAUUAAUGGAUGUUUUAGGAUCAUAUACUUUGAACCGUAUUAAAAAAAUGAUCGUGUUUUGUUGACUUCAUGAUAUAAUAGGUUUGUUUAGAGUAAUAAUUAAAAAUUUUCUUGUAAAUUUUACGUAUAAUAAUGUUGGAUUUAUGGGUACGGGUAUUACCCAUGGGUACCCGAAACCCACGGGUAUGGGGAUGGGUUUGCAAAACAUUCCCCCGCAUGGGUAUGGGGCGGGUAUGGGUUUGGGUAUUUGAAGAUGGGGAUAGGGAUGGUUUAGACAAACCCGCCCCAAACCCGCCCCAUUGCCAUCCCUAGAGUAAACCCAAUGCAUUUUGAGAUAUCGUGGUCACAACUCACAUGAAUUCUGGAAUUACAUGGUGCACCAAUAUCAUGAUAUAUGUCCAAAAAUGAAACAAGAAAAACAGUGGAAUCUCAGAUAUCAUGUAAUCUUGAAAUUCGUGGGUAGAUUACAUGCUUACCAAACGAGAUUAAUUAUAGGUUUGAAUAUCGAAUAAUGUGACUACUCGUAUAUGUAAACGAUUUGGGAUCAUGGCUACUUUCAACGAGCAAAAACUUAUAUCAAAAUUCGGCCCACGAAUAGCCAUCAAAUUGCAAAAUUUUAUUUUGAGCACUACCAAUAAAAGAGAAUGCAAGAAAGCUAGAUACUCAUAAGUCAUACCAACGAAUAUGAAAGUUAAUUGACUAUUAUUAGUUAAACGUGAGGACUGAGAAACAUAGCUUGAACGAAGAAGGAAGGCGAAAGAUGAGAUACAAGAAUCGAUAGCAGUCUAUUUCUAAUUAGUGAUAAAUUGGCACUUAAUUAAUCACACCAUGUUAUGUAUACAUCUAACCAUUAUGGAGUAUGUGAAUUUUCCAAAUGGGGACCGCAUUCAUCUACCGUAUGAAAAUCAUGAGAGAAAAGGGCAAAAAGGGGGGGUCCUCUCCCAAUCGGUGGUCGGUGAGAAAAAAACUCAACAUGUAGUGGUAGGAGACGGCGACCAUUCCGGCGGCCGGCCGGCGGUUGAAAGGGAUAAGAAUGAAAGGAACCACAAGCCAACCAGGCUAGAUGGGCGGUGGCGCGUGUGGGGCCCUGUCGAGGGGAGAGAAGAAAGACAAAUCCCACAAACCAGCUGUUGCCAGCUGUCUCCACGUCCUACUUUGGGAUAAUGGUGCGGGCUUUGGGCCCCAACCUCCUCACAUGGGAGUAACCAACCACUAUUGCGAGUUGGGCCCAACUAAAUAAUAUGACACCAUCAUUUUCCCGCUCACGAUUGUCGUUUUGACCUUUCCCCUAUUGAGUUUACGUGAUCCCUCCCGUUCGUUUUAACGCUCUUUGGAUGGCAUCCGGCUAAUAUGUUGCUUUUGAGUUUUGGCUAGGAAGUCACGUACAACUCUUUAGGAAUAUAGAUAGAAUCUCUCUGAUUAUGAUAGAUUUGAUAUCUGCAGAUUUUAGAGAUUUGAAAUCUCUAAAUCUAAAAUCCACAAUACAAAAAACAACAAAAAAAUAUAACUUUCUACAAAAUCUACAGAUUCAGUAAAUCCGCGUCCUGAAUCCCAUUCUCCAAACGACCCCUAUUGUCCUACAAAUUAUUGUAAAUCAAGGAUAGAAGAAAGACAAGAAUACAUUCUACAAUACCAGACGAUACUAAACAACAUUAUCAUCACGAAUGGGCCAUAUAUACAUAUAAGAUGGAGGUUAAAAGGAAACGAAGGGAGCCACCAAAAUGUUAUGAGUGGACCGACCAUAUAUGUGUAAAAUCUUUCAAGGUGUCCUACCACAAGAAUCAAAAAGGGUUUUGGGUUUGGGGCCUGCAUCAUGGCUGAAUAUAACACUGCUGCUCAGGCUGGCAGCAAUCAACCUCAUUAUCAGGGGCGCGGAGCUACACUCAACUUAGGGUGGGUCCCGACCUUUAGAAUCGUAAGGAUAUUUAGUACAAAUUUUAUAAGUAGAAUUUAUUCCGUAAAUUCUGUUGUGCAAUAGUCAUCUGCUCCGCCCCCUGCCCAUUACCACAACAAGCACAAAAGAAAAAAUGGAAGGGUCCCUCCACAAGCAAUUAUUUGUCCUCAUCUUGUACCUCAUGAUAAUCAUGCAUUCAAAAUCAUUCAUCAUCGCCUGUGGCUGUGGGCUGUGAAAUCCAGCCUUUCCUAACCACAAAAAUAUCACGACGGUCAAAUUUUGGAAAGACGUUUCUUUAAACCGAGGCUCCAUGCAUAUAUCAGCUCCUUGAAAGAAAGAACAAGUUCAAAUAAGUGGACUUCAUGAAUGUCGGUCCAAAGAAGCUGAACACCACAAAACCUUCCUCGAGUAUAAAUAAUAUCACCGCCCAUAAUCAUACCCACACAAAACCCGACAGGUAAAUUAUUAUUGAACUCAAAUUAUCAACCAUAGAUAUUAUUCCGAAUAUUUGUUGUUAGUAGGGCUGGCUAUUUGGUCUCGGACUGUUUGGUUUUACCCGAAACCGAACUGUAUAACCCGGACUGGGACCGGACUGGGACCUGAUAUCAAACAAUACAAUCUCAUAUUCGGGCUUAGAUUUGAGGUAAAAACCGGAUAAAGACCGGAUAAGAGCUCGCCAACACCUAAAAUCAAGAUAAAAUUGGGACCGGACCUGGUCAAGACUGGACCGGAUCAAGACCGGACUGUAUUCAAUCCAAUCUUUAGUCCUUAUAUUCCCGAAAAGACCGGACUGAGACCGGAUUAAUUUGGUCCAAUUUAACCGGACCGGACAGUAUAGUCACCCUAGUUGUUAGAGUCUCACCAGGGAAUCGCUUUUGCUAGUGGCAUGCUUGCUUUGACAAGAAAGGCCUAAGAUGCUUCUUCUUCUUUUUUUUUUUUUUUUGUGAGAGAAAGGCCUGAGAUGCUAAGAGUGUUCAGUGGCCGAAUUGGGUCUGAUUAAUAUCGGCCGUGAAUCAUGAUAGGGGAAUGAGCCCAGCUUCUCCCCUUCUUCAAGCCUAGUGGUGAAUGGACUGUGUAGAGGUCGAUCUGCACUAAGGCCACAAAUAGGCUCAACAUUCAUAAGGCCCAUUAAGACUGUCAAACCCAUAAGUAAGCUUGGCCCAACAAUAGGGGAGAAAGAACUGAAGAUAUCAACUAGUUAUACGUUGUGGUCUUGGGUUGUAUACCAGAAAAUUAAAAUAGGCUUAGUGCAUGCAUGUUGGACACUUUAAGGUUUGGCCCAAGGAACCGAGUGGUUCUCAUAAUACAAGCCUGUCAAGCCACCUAAUAUACUAUAUUUCGUGCGGACUAGAUUCCCGUUUCGAAUAUUUGAACUUUUUUCAUCUCUAAUUUUCUAGUUGUUUUUCUUAACUAGAGAUGACAACAAAUUGGUUCAUAAAUAUAAUAUAUGAUGAUGUCUUAUACAGAGUUCAGCAGUCUCAUCGGUUGAAUUUCGUUUUCAAGAAUGUAUAAAGAAUCUGUAUAGAAUUCAUAAUAUGGAAUAUCAUAACGAUUCGAGUGAUUGAGAAUUUUGAACAUGAAAUUAACUCUCUACCUGAGAAAUUGAGUUGCUUUUUUCUCUUACCAGUACAUAAGAAUCAUUGCUAAUAGGCAAAUGGGUAAGAGAAAGGAAGCACUGAUUUGGAAAAGAACCAAAAGUUUGAUCAAAUAACGGAAUUAGUUUCUUUUCAGUUACUGCAAAAGUGGGAAAUGCUCUCUUUGAAAAGGGAUCGCUUUUUCAGCAUUCCUUAUGUUAAACGGAGAUGAAGAAAUAGUGUGACUUUGGCGGCAAAGAAUCCCCUUUUUUGCCUUUUCUGCCUUGUCGUUGAUGGAUCCAAUUCAUCUGGCUAGCUAGGGCCACAACCAACACUUCAGGAAUUGGAUCCUUGGAACUUUUUUCGGCAGGUGAUCCCAAUGAAUGUUGGGAAUAGGGACAUCCCUACCUCUUCUUUUGCUUUUCCAUUGGAUCACGUUUAUAAGAUACCACUAGUUCAAUUUUGAGCUACACAUGAUGUGCAGCUCAACUUAUACAUUAUAUAAGAUGUAAGAGCAAGGUUCUUGUUUAAGCAAAGUUGGUUGAACCGAACUAAAUUAGAAUAUUAAUGCUUAUAUUGUUGGAUUUUUAUCCGAGUUUAACAGGACGAGAGAUGAUAUCACCGAUCUUGACUCGGACCUUCAACUUGGUGGGUGAUGUAAGGUAUUUGAAGUUGUCACUUGUAGGGAGAUUUAGCUCGAAUUUGGAGAGAGAGAGUAAAGUGUCACGUGUGUACAAUGAGGAGCCCCUCUCUGCCGGAGGGCUAACAAAGCCCCGAUAUAUGAUUAGAGUUAGAGCCAUUAUCGUGGGAUUUAGAUGGGUUUCGAAAGUUCGAUUCAGUGAACUUAAACCCCAAACAUCUCGAUAUCCGAUAUGUAAUAUGCAUUUUCAAUAUUUCGUAUUUACAUUCCAAAACGCUUACUUUAUUCCAGUUAUCAGGAGAAUAAGAGAGGGAAAGGAAUAGAAGGAACAAUGUGUCAUGAAGUAAACUAGCUAGCUAGCUAAGUCUAGCUAGUUGAACAUUGGAAGACAAGCAAGGAAGGAAAGGAAAGGAAGAGAAGUGGAGUAGGAGGAGUGUGUAUAGUCUCACCAAGAAAGAAAGGAGGAAAUAAUAGGAGUCUCCACAAGAAAGCAAGCCAAAGUGCCCCCAAACAUAUAAGAAAGGAACCUCUCUACUCUUAUCAAAACCUUACUAUUAUAUUCCAAGCACGUUAUAAGCUCAUCACCUACCCACAAAAAAAUGUCCCUAAACUUCUGUGCCAUAUUGGGAUUAGGAAGGGAAUUCAUAAUAAUAAUUAAAAAUCAAUUUGAUGGAUGCUUUACUUUGAGGAUGCUAAUUAUACAGCUUGGUCCUAGCAAAGGGCAGCCAGGCAACAAAUUUUUGCCCCCAUUCUUACAUUACGUGCCUCUCACAAUGCCAUAUAGUGUGUACUUAUAAAUAUUCUUUUGGGUAUUAUAUAAAUAUGAUGGAUUGGUUGAAAUCCUCCCUUUACGGCAAGAAUCUCUUGGUAUUAUUGUAUUGCAUCUCUCUACCUAUAUUAUUAAAUAAUAACAUUGAAAAAUAUUAUUCCUCUCUUCAGUCUUCAACUUAUUGCCAACUAUACACACUACUCAAUCCAUCUUCUCCACUACCUGCUCUGUGUAGUCUGUACAUUACAUACCCUUUCAUUGCCAAUCAUAAUGAGUGGGAAAGAAAGAAUACCCAAUUUU